AUGAAGAAAAUGUUCUCUUGCUCCAGCAAUCAAGUGGCGAUCGAAAGCUGGAACAAGCACGACCAGAAGCUGUUUGAUGCCGUUGAGAAGGGGGAUGUGACCCGAACGUCCCUUCUUGCUUCGAGGAAAACAGCGCAGCCCAGCAAGCUCAAUGCCCUGGGCCAAUCCGCGUUCCACCUGGCGGCUUCCAAGGGGCUCACGGAAUGCCUCACCAUCCUGCUCACACACGGGGCCGAGGUGAAUGAUCAGAACGAGGACGGCAGCACAGCUCUCCACCUGGCCACGAUUGCUUGCCAGCCGCAGUGCGUGAAGGUCCUCCUGCAGCAUGGAGCAAAUGAGGAUUGUGUUGAUGGGGAGAAUCGUACGCCUCUGCACUGGGCCGCCUUUUCUGGCUGCGCCUCCAGUGUGCUACUCCUGUGUGACCAAGAAGCUUUCCUGGAUGUCACGGAUAACAACGGGCGGACCCCCCUGAUGAUCGCGGCCCAGGGGAACCAGGCGGCCAUCUGCUCUCAGCUGCUCCAGAGGGGAGCCAAGGUUGACCUCGUGGAUAAGGAUGGCAAGACAGCCCUCCUCCUCGCCUGCGAAAGUGGGGGCACAGAGGCAGCCGACCUGCUCCUGCAGAACGGAGCCAACGUGGCCCUGAUGGACAAGGCAGGCCACGAUUCCCUGCACUACGCCACACGGAGCAAGAAUCGGGCUCUUCGGAGACGGGUUCGGACUGCCUUGAAGAAGUGGAAAAAAAGAGAACUAGGAAUCAUUGAUUCGUCAGAAACUGGUUCGCAGGUGCCAUCUGAGAGUGGGAAAGAGACCGAUGUGAGUAGCUUGGCCUUCCAGAGUGAGGGAGGAGAUCAAAGUGAUGAUGAAGAAGAGGCUGAGGAGGACCCCGAGUUACGAGAAUGGCGGAGCAGGUUCCGGGAAGAGAAGAUGAAAGUGAUCCAGUUAGAGCUGCAGCUGGAUCAAAAGAUGAAAGAAUGUGAGGUUCUCUCUGAGGGAUCCAAGCUGUUGAAGGAGAGAGUGUGGGACCAAGUGCAGGAGAUCAGCCAGCUCCUGCCGGAACAGGAGGGAAGGGGCAAGGACUGGAAGCAGCUCAGUCAGCGGUACAGCCGUGAUGCCACGGAGGAAGAUUACUAUCUCAACCUUUUGGCACAGCAAGUACAAGAACUGAAGGAGAGGAAGAAGCAACAAGAAGCAGAGAAGGAACGGCUCAAAAUGGUGGCUACAAUGCAAGAAGCAGGACGAGAGGAGCCCAAGCCCGCCAUGGUCCAGCCCAAGAAGGUACAGUGGCCUGGAGAGGAGGAGGCGGAGGAGCAGAAGCGGCAGCAAACGGAGCUGAGGCGCCUGCAGAGCGAAGUGGCUGCAGCCCUGGAGGAGAAGGCGAGUGCAACAAAGAGGGUGCAAGAGAUGGAGGGUCACAUGGAGAACAUGAGGGCUGUGAUUGGGGUCUUUGAAGCCAAGAAAAAGUCCCAGAAUGCGGCUCUCAAGGAAAUGGAGGCUCGUGUGCUGGAGCUGGGGGAUGAAAACCGAAGGCUGCGUGGGCUCUUGGGCAAACACAUGGCCGAACCCCCUGAGAACGGGCUUGCCCAUGCAAAGGUGGCUCAAUUCAUUAAGGAGAUGGAGGAGACCCAUUCCAGGGUACAGAAGGAGACGGUGGCAGUGGUGGCUGAAAACGAGGCCCUGAAGAAAGAAGCAGAAGAGGCUGUCAGGAGCAGGCUGCAGUUCCAAGCGGUGCCAUCCGGGGCAGUCAAGAAGUGCAUCUCUGCCUGGAAGAAGGUGGUCACGGGCCUUGAGGAUGCUCUGGCCAAGCUGGAGCAGGUCUGUGCCACCCUCCUGGAAAAAGUCAGGCCUCUUCAAGAAGCUAUUUUGGCCCCUCCAUCCAGAACCUGGGUCAAUGGCAACGGCCUUUCUGAAGAAGAGAAGAAUGCCUUUGGCGAUGAGCCAGGCAGCUCAAAGGCCCUUGAGGAGCUGGAAGACAUUGGGGCAGAAAAGACCCAGCUCCAUAAUGGGCUGGUUGGGCAGGUGAAGCUCAGGCCAAAGCCUGAGCUGGUAGAAAACAAGGCUCGUCCAUGUCGGAAAAGCUCUGACCUAGAGAAGGAGGUGUGGGACCUCAAGCAGAACAAUGGUGGCCUCGUGAAAGAACUGGCUCAGCUGAGCAGGGAAAGGGAGAAGCUGCAGGAGGAGCUACAGAAAUUACGUUCUUCCAAAGAGGGUUCUCCUCGGGCCGAGAGGACAGGGUGCCUGGUGGAGGAGCUGAAGCGGACUGUGGAUGUCUUGUCCCAACAGCUCUCACUGGAGAAAGAGGAAUCGGGGAAGCUGCGCCUGAAGCUGGAGGAGCAGAGAAAGGAGAUGAUGUUUGUGAGAAAUAACUUCCUCAAAAAGAUAACCCAAGAUGCCAGCAAUAUAGCAGCUGAAAACCUAGACAGUUACAUCUUGAAGGAGCUACACUGGAAAUUGGACAAUGUGGUGAGGAAGCAAAAUGAAGCCCUGCAACUGGUGUCCGAGAUGGAAGAGGAAAACCAUGCGCUGGAGGUGGACCGAACCCUCUUGGUUGAUCCCAGGAGCCUUGACUGCUUCCCAGGAGAUGAAAAACCUUGUAAGGAAAUUUUCUUAGAGGCUUCAGAUGUCAUAGGAGAAAACUGGAGAGUCAGAGAGCAGAUGGUUGAGCUCGAGAAAGGUUUGCAGGAGCUGAAGAAGGUGCUGGGUGCAUCCCAGGUGACUCUGGGAAGCAUCAAGGUGGCCAGCCUGAUGCAGCUGCUGGAUCAAGUCAUGGCCCAGAUGGCCAAGCUGCGCCAGGAAGAGGAGCAGGCCCUCAGCAAGUAUGAGAAGAUCUGCAGCAUGCUUUCUACCAGGGCUCAGGUCCUGGGGGAGGAGCUGGCUGCCCUCCGGGAGAAAUACCAGGAAGCUAGUGGAGCAUCUGCGCGUCACAAGGAAGCCCUUGACUAUGAACUGAAGAAGAAUCAAGAGCUGAUGGCUGAGGCUCUGGAGCAUGAGGAGGAAGUGGAAGAGCUGAGAGGGAAGUCACAGAUGCUGGGAAGUACAGUGGAAAAGUUGAAUAAGAAGGUGGAUGAAAUGUCCAAGAUGUGCCAGGACAGAGAAGCCAAGAUCAAAAAGUUGCUGAAGGAAACGGAGAAGCUCUCAAGCGAAAUCCUCAACCUACGCAGUGAACGCACCCGCUUGAUCCUGCAGAAUGAG